CUUCGACGCUUCGCCUUAGAUUAGAAGAUCACGUAAAAUCUUAGCUAGCCUGGAGAUUUCAAUAUGCAGUUAGAAAUGUAACCAAUGUCAAAUAAGUAAUUUACAGUUUCACAAUCUACACCAGGAAGCACGUAUCAUAGCUAACACUGAAUCGACUCCAUCCGACCACAGUGUGAGAUCAAAACAUGGCGAAAAAGAACAAGAAGAAGGUGGACGAAAAAAAGAAAGGGAAUGAGGAGGAGGCCAAAGAGGAAGAAACAGACAACGUGGCGGAAGAUGAAAUUUUAACACCUGUUGAAGUGAAGGAGUUGAAGAUCAGAAUGACAAGAACACUCAAUCGAAAAGCUAAAUUGAAUCAAAAGCUCGAUACCUAUGGGACAGAAGCUCCAAUCGUUAUAGGCGGCUACGAAUUCGACGACGCCUACUUCGCUGACGACAGUAUGGGUUCCGAUGAAGAUAAGAAAAACGAUGUGUCGGAAACUGAACCGGAGAGUGAAAACGUUUUUGAAAGUGAAAAGACUCCGGUCGAAGAGAUUUGCGUCUCCGAAAAACCCACAGAAGUUAACAUCGUAGUGGAUGCCGAUGAACUAGACGAAUACUUAAAAAAAUAUGCUUUGGAAAGAUUCUUUGCCAUAGCUUCCGAACCUCCAGAGGUGUUGCGAUGCGAUAAGAUGACAAGUGCUCAGUCACUGGAGCCCAGUUGGAAUACCCAAGAAGUUCAGACUGACUAUACUGAAAUGGAAGGACAUGUAAAAAAUUAUAUUUGGGGUACAUGGCCUUCUGACGCUUCAGAAGCUCAAAAGGUUCAGAGGUUACAAAGUAAUAAACGGAUAAGUGCGACGCAAUCACUAAAGGAGCUAAAUACACAAGAAGUUCAGACCGAUGAGAAAACUGGAGUAGAAUUCAAUGGAUCCGUUGAAGAUGAUUUUGAGGAUGUUAUCGUCAAAAAAACGUUACAAGAUUUUAGCUGCAACGUUUCGUUAGACGUGGUGGAAUCUCGAGAAAAACGUGAUGUUAGUACCGCUGAUUUUGGCGCCAACGUCUUGGACGAUUUCCGUGAAGUAAUUGAAAGAAGGAGAAAUCUGGAGAGACGACGAAGAUUCUACAGUCAAAGGUCAGGGGAUUACGGUGAUGGUUAUUCAGAUGAUGAUGCAUAUACGACGAGUGAAGACUCGCUGAAAGAACUCUCAAACAAAUAUAACUUCAAAGUGCUGGAGAGCAGGUACAAGCCGAUAUUGACCUGUAGGAGAACGAACCUCCGGAUGUUUGAUGAUGGCGACGACUAUUGCGAAGAGUUUGAUGAUGAUUUAAAAAGAAGAGAAUGUAUAACAAAACCCGACAUAAAUAAAGAUGUAGCUUACAAUGAAACUGAGGAGGGUAGCGGCGUAAGGCAUCCAAAUAAGAAAUCAAAAAGAAUGGUUUCUCAUCAAGUUCCAGUCGAGGAGGUUUCUAAGAGAAAAUCUAAAAAACCUCCUUACGACGAGUUUGCGACAGAUCCUCAAGAUGACAGCAGCUGUUCAUUGGUUACUAACGUCAUCGAAACAAAAAUUACGUUUGGCAACAUUAAGGAGGACAGUGAUGAUGAUGAUGAUGAUGAUGACAACUUUACCCAGAACCCAUCAAUCAAAAGCAAGCAAGCUGGACGCGUUGACUUGUCAGUCAAGAACCACAUCCGUGGCAUUCUUACCAAACCUAAACUCACCCCUUGCAAACGCAUCCAAUUUGUGGAUGGCCGCGGGGCGUAUAGAUGUGUUAAUAUUCCUUCUUCAUGUGCUAAUAACCCAGAAAAAUCUGGCGAUUUCACCGCGACAUCACCAGUCGGGUUUCAGCAAAAUCCCGAGGAUGAUGUUUUGCUAGAUAACCAAGACGAUUAUAGGUACCAAAAAACGCCUCCGAUAAAUCGUAAAUGGGAAAAUGAUGUUUCAACCGACGCACAAGAAGUAGGCAGCUUUGCACCGGUUCAAAAACUAAAACGAAAUCCACCUCAGUACGUCGAUUCUUCGCCUGUCGCAGAGGGGAUCUAUAAUGCCGGGUCGUCCCCAAGAAGCGCCGGACGAACACAAAUAGAUGUAGAUGAUCAAUGUGAAGAUGAUCAAUAUGAAGCUGAACACAUACGAAGCCUUGCAAAAGCAUUAAAGGAAAUGUGGCCGGCACAGGGGGAUGCUUUCAACGGCGUUCAGAAAAUGGACAGCGCGACCAGCCCCGCAACAGAGAUAUUAAGAACGACAAACCGUGUUGAUAAUAAUUUAAGGCACACACUUUUGGACAAUUCUUAUGUUGUUCAGAGCAUAGACAACUACACCAGCCCCUCGGCUAACGCUGAUAGAAAAAUACUUCUGGUAGAUAACGAUGAAGCCUAUGAAAACGUGGGCGUUUACACCAUGUCGCCGACGAACGCACCUCGGCGACCAACGAUUUUAAAUGAUUCGGUUCACACUCAGCUCGUGCGUAACUCCAGGAGAACGUCUUCAGCCUCCAAUGGGGGCCUCCACCGAAAUGCCGACUUGGUAUUAUCCUGCCCAGAGGAGACAUAUAUCGUAGUUGACAAUCCGAACCAGAAACCAAUUAAAUAUAUCGACAUCUCAAAAGAAGACUAUGAUGAGCUUUUCGAGCACGAGAAUACUCCGAUUAAGCUGGUUUUGCAGCGCGAUAAUGAAGUUGACAACGAACUAGGGAUGGAGAGAGAUUACCUUAAUGAUGUCUCGCCAGUGCGUGGGGAACCAAUGGUGGACCAACUUCUCAUGGAUGUUCCUAGAAAAAACUGCGUAGCAGCAUUGCCCGCUGAUGUCCGUCGCACUCUCAGAGAUAUUACUAACAGGUCAUUAAAGUCAAAAAAGACCAAGGCUGAUGAGUUCAGGGAUGCAGACGACGAGCUUACUGACGCGUUCCUCAGAAACUACUGUCAAUGCGAGCCAGAAUCAAACGACUCCCACAGUAAUUCUGAUUGCGGAUGUAAUUCGAAAAAUCAAAAGUUCCGUUUGGUCCUAGAGCCCGCGGAUACCGGAGACCACGGAUCUUUAAACAGAAAAAAGAGAAAUGAGGACCAAAUCAGGAAUCGAGGAAUCACGGACGACGAGCUUAGGGCACUGAAAAGGGCAAAACGACAAGAACUGGACGACGAGCUUUGCGACCGCACGGAAUGGGAAUGUCGCAGGGGAGACGGCAGCCCUGUUCCCCAAGAUACGGUUGUCAGCAGAAAACAUAACCACAGUUCUAGGAAAACUUCAGGCAUGCACGAGGAAAUUCCUCUAAGCCAUAACGAUUUGAGGAAGUUUUCGGCAGUCGAAUCGACCGAGCACGUCUCAGUGGCAAAUGUUGGUGCAGUACGGAGCGUCUCCCUCCAAGAGGAAGAAAUGUUCAACGAGAGUGCACACCAUAGAGUAGGUAAACGGCCGGAGUGGAACUCUGAGGUGGAGCUCCGUAGUAACGCGAGUUCGUCACCAGUCAGAGAGAGGAAAUCACAUGGAUCGCGGUCUGAUGAAGAAAGGAAGCAUCGAUCUAUCAAAGACAAGGGAGACGAUCGAAGGAGCAGAACGACACCUGAGUCUAGAGACAACGUAUAUAAGGAGCAUUCCUCGCAUAAAUACCACGAUGAUGUGGACAGAGGCUCGGACUGGCAUUCUACUAACGAGGAUCAGAGGUGUCGUGUAAGUCCCUCCGAAAGCCAUGACCGGCAGCAUACGAGGUCUCGCAAUGAAAGGCAACUACAGAGACCAAACUCUGACACAUACGUCCAGAAACGGAUAACAACACCAGCAGGCCAGGAUGAGCGAUUGGCUUACAGACCAGUAGAGAGCUACCGGGGAAAGUGUUCGCGUGAUGGGACGCCUCGUUCUCACUCGCCGGUCUUUUAUGAAGACGGGCCACCUAAAGGCAAGGCGUUAUCUAGACCGGUCUCGCCGGAAGAGGGAAGCUACGAGGAUGACGAACACGUAUCUAAGAGCCCAUACGGCUCUUCCCGUGGCAGGUCAUCUGGCUCUGGUAAUACAAAAUCAUGCAAGUGUCAGACCGAUUUUGAUGAUCCCCAUCAGCCCCAAAAACAAACCAGCGACUGCGAGGUCCGUCCCAAGCCUCAAAACUACAUUGAAGAAUCGCGGAGAUUUUUAGCGGAGCAUAGAAAUAUUCGAGCCGCCCUUGAAGUGAAAUGCAACCGGGAAUUCUUUCGGAGUAAAACUAUCAUCCCUCCAUGGCAGACCAGGGGACCUGCAAACAUCGGUCGCUGUUGCGGUCACAGGGAGGACCGUUACCGGCUAGCAGAUAGACAUUGCUUCUCUAGCAGAAAGUAUGCGCACAACGCUACAAGACCAAUGGACUAUCAGCAGAGAGUUGAUUGCGUGGGGAGCUCUCCUAACAAUUUUGACGCCGCUGGACCCUCACCCGUCAGUAGUUGUUUUGCGAGGACCAUCAUCCCGACCUGUCCCACUACUGAGUGUCUCAGCUGCGUUCAAAAUAAUGCGCAGCCGUUAUACGUGCAGCCUCCGGGGAACCGUGCGUAUACGAACUAUGAAAUGCCGGUCCGAUUUUACACCGACCCUGUCGCCUUGUCGAAUAUGUAUGGCAAACAGCCUGUGGCCAUGUCGAGUGUGUAUACCAACCAGCCUGUUGCUAUGCCGUGUAACUGUGUUAACCAACCAGAGCCGCUGCCUUUGUUCAAUAAUUGCCCAAAGGUCGAGUUCCAAAACCAGACUUGCUCUCCCAUGCAGAUGGCAGGAUUUUACAAGGAAGACUGCCAUGACGGAAGCUCGUGGAAUGAGAACUACAUAAGCCAGGGCUAUGUGCCUGCUCCAGCAUACUCGCAGGAGCGGCGAGUGCCUCGAGCCUGGUUCAAGAAGGCAAAGGAUGAUGACUCAGACAGCACAUAAUACAUGGUCGAGCCAGCAGCCUUGAAGAAACUUGCAAACUAACCCUAUAUCAACUGGGAAAAAUCUGCAGUUUCUUAAAGCAACCUUUUAUCAAUUGGAAGAUAAGCAGUUUAAUAAACUAACCGUUUAUCACCUGGGAAAAAU